UUUGUGGCCACAUCAACCAGCCCUAACUUCAGAUAACAAUAAGCUGGUGUGUCCGCGUGAUGACUUGAUGUUUGUGUUAUGUCGAAGGGCAUGCACGCUGUUGGACAGCCAGAGGUGGUCAUUUUACUGCAGUGUUUUCCUGAGGAGAAGAGAUUCCCGACGGAUAUUUUCAAUCAUGUCAUUCAGAUCUACUGGGAUGCCCAAACAGUCUGUGGAGGGCCUGCCGUUACCUGGGCCUCCCCUCCUGUUCGGGCUCCUCAUGCUCCAUGGGCCAGAGCCUUUCCCCUGAGACUCAUGCUGCAUUUAGGAGCGGAGUACAGAUUCUAUCCCUGUCCCUUGUUCGGUGUGCACUUCAGAGAGCCUCUCUUCGGACCCGUCAUCAUUAUGAGACUCUCAGUGGAUUUCCGUUUUUACCGUUACACACUGCCGAGGGUGCCGGGGCUCGUGGUUGAUCUAGAGGCUAGAAGCACCUGUAUAAGAAUCCCUAAAACACAUCAUCCAGAGGACAUUCCAAGCAAAGAUGCACUUCCGGGACCGACCUCUCACUAGGCAGUUUUCAUUUAUAUGCUGUUUAUUGUUGAUGAUCACAUUGUUUAUCAUAUGCAUACAUACGAGAUCGCUCAUGUCUGCGACUUCAUCGCAUGUGUUUUUGAUCGACACAUUCUAAACUCAUUCAGGAGAUGUUAUAGCGCCCCCUAACAACAGCAGGAAACCCGGAAUUUUUUUUUUUUUUUUUAAGUGUUGCUGUAAAAAGUGUUGCUUAUAAUAAGUGAACAUGGCAACCCGUGAAAAGCUCUGCAAAAUAGUGUACAUGGCAGUGACUAAAUCAUCUCAAAUAAAACAGUGAAUUUUUCAUAAUAGAAAAUGCAUCCGGAGCAACAUGGUAUCAUUUCCAGAGUAGAUGGUAAGAUAUUUUUUGUUGUUUGUGCCUUGAGUGUCCGAAGGAUUAUGAUCAAAAUGAAGUUCAAUAGAUAAUCAGACCUGAGAUAAAGAGUUAUUCCUCCAUUUCUCAGGAUAAUGAGGGUCUUGUCUCUGUCUCUGCUGGUGUUUCAGCUGCUGAAGGCUCUGAAUACAUCUAAUGAGAGAGUGCUGGCUCUAGUACUGAUUUGGGUGCAGACGACAGAUACUCAGUACCUGACCCAGGCCAGCAGCAUUCACAGCCAGCCACGCAGAGGUGAGAGAGAGCAAACACUCAUGUCAGCUUAUAGACACACACAUCUGUUGUGUAUUAUUACAUGAUUUAGUGUGACAAAUAAAAUAGAAACUGAUAACUUCAAAGGCCAGAUUAAUUUGCGUCUUUCGUUAGACGCUCACUUGAGGGCGCUGUCUGGGAAAGUGUUCAGUCAUUUGUUUUAUUCAUUCUUGACUGGAAUCUCUCACUGAAUCUGAA